AUGUCUAUCCGAAAGGAUAAGUCAGUAAAUAGUUUGAAAGCUGUCGAAGAUUGUCUAGCCGAACUGUCCACUGCAGAUGAAAGUAUUGUUCGAGAAGCACUGUCAGCCGGCCAUGAUCUUAGCAACUUUUCCGUUCAAGUGAACGAGGAGCUCACUGAAGCACACCGAAUAGCUGUGAAAGAAUGUAUUCAGAAUGCUGAUAAACUGACAGAUCUCCACAAUCAAAUACUUGCUUGCGAUCAAGUCUUUGAGAAAAUGUUGCUUGGAUUCCAAGGCGAUCUUGGCACUAUCAGUGAAGACAUGAAAAGGCUACAGGAACAGUCCGUUUCGAUCAAUCAGGAGCUAGAAAAUAGACAGAAAGUCCGAGGCGAGCUAAGUCAAGUUAUAAUGGAAACUGAUGUGAACGACCGUGCUUUCCUCGAGCAGCUGCACGAACUACAGCAUAAGAUUAAUUUCAUCAAGGCUCAGAGUCCAAGGAUGCGCGUGCAGGAUGAAUACGUUGACACGGUUAGCAAAAUGUUCUUCUCCUACUUCAAAGCCUACGUCACGCGUUUAUUCAAGUUAUUG